AUCAAUUUGAAUUCUUAUAUCAUUUAAGUUAAGUUGUGAGUAGCCAUUCUCCGAAUAAGAAAUGUAUAAGGUUCUGGUGUUAGUGAUCGCUUGUUUGGCAUUUUUUGGCCGGACAGACGGACAUAGUUACCACUUAGGAAGUUGCCCAGAUGUGGAACCACAGAGAGGUUUCGAUAUGAAAAAGAUGUUGGGAAUCUGGUACGCUGUUGAAAAGACUGGCACAGCUAGUUCCUGCGUAAUGUACAAUUUCUCAAAAACUGAUGAACCUUACGAGUAUGAGUUGGUGCAAACAAGUCAGCACUUUAUUUUAAAAUACACACCCAUAAAUCAUAUCUACAAAUACACGGGCCGUCUCACUGUGCCCGAUCUGAGUACACCAGCUAAGAUGUCCGUUAAAUUUCCAUUGAAUGUUGUUGGGACCUCACGAUUUAACAUUAUAACGACCGAUUAUGACAGUUAUGCCCUCAUAUUUACAUGUCAGAAAUUGGCUUUUGCUAACAGACAAUCUGCAACCAUCUUGUCUAGGGAAAAGACAUUGGACAAGGACGUUAUAGGAAAGCUUCGUGAUAUCUUAUCGCUCAAUGAGAUUGAUCCACAUGACCUUUCUAUUAUAAGCCAAACGAAUUGCCCAAAGCCUACUAGUGAAACCAACGUGAUUGAUAUCGACGACGAAACUCUUUCUGCCAAAACAGCAGGAAACGUGAUCAGAGGAACAGGAAAUGCAAUCGCUAGUGGUGCUGAAUUCGCUGUAGAGGGGGUUGGAACAAUAGUCGAUAAAGUUAGAUCCGAGAAGAAACCUGAGAAAAGAUGAAUACCUAUAAUAAUAUCGUAAAUUUCCAAAAUCUGUGUUCUGUACUUGAUAUAUGCUCAUAAAUAAAGUGAAACAAGACUUGAGAGUUA